AUGGCUUUGUUUGCGAAGAAAGUGAAGAAACUAGCCACUUUUCAAUUCCUCAACAUUAAACUUCUUCUUAACGGAAGAGGGUUUUCGAAAUUCAAGAAAACUUAUCGAUUGAAAGGUGAACUCGGUAGAGGUGGUUUUGGGAUCGUUUAUCGUGCAGUUCGAAUCUCUGAUGACACUCCGGUUGCAGUGAAAUUCAUUGAACGAAGACAUGUUCGUGAAUGGGCGAAGUUAAACGAUGAACGAGUUCCGAUGGAAAUCAGUAUGUUAGCACGAUGUGUGAAUAUUCCUGGAGUGAUAAAGCUGAUCGACUGGUACAGUAUGCCUGAAGGGUUUUUGAUCGUGAUGCAACGACCGUAUCCUUGCAUUGAUCUCUUCGAUUUCAUCAAAGCUCAAGGUGUUCUUGACGAGAAUGUGAGCGUUUUUGCUCUAUUCUACACGAAUUCAAAUGCAUUAGAACUUUACAAAAAAACCUGUUUUUACAUUUGA